AUCCCUUCUUCCCGGAGAGAGACACCCCCCUCCAAAACUUUCCCCAAUCCAAUCUCCCAAUCCAAUCUUCCCUCUCCUCUCCUGGAACCCUAAGCCUCCUCAGGUACAUGACCCACCCUUCCUCGUCCUCCUCCUCCGCCCCGGCGGCCGCGCCGGAUGACCCGACCUCCCUUGCCCCGGGCUUCCGCUUCCACCCAACAGACGAGGAGCUCGUCUCCUACUACCUCAAGCGCAAGGUGCUCGGUCGCCCGCUCAAGGUCGACGCCAUCGCUGAGGUAGACCUCUACAAGGUCGAGCCAUGGGACCUCCCGGCAAGGUCGCGCCUCCGCAGCCGCGACUCCCAGUGGUACUUCUUCAGCCGCCUCGACCGCAAGCACGCCAACCGCGCGCGCACCAACCGCGCCACUGCAGGAGGCUACUGGAAGACCACCGGCAAGGACAGGGAGGUCCGCCAUGGAGCUAGGGUUGUCGGGAUGAAGAAGACGCUCGUCUUCCACGCUGGCCGCGCGCCUAAGGGCGAGCGCACCAACUGGGUCAUGCACGAGUAUCGCCUUGAGGGCGAUGGCGCAGCCGGGAUCCCACAGGAUUCAUUUGUAGUGUGCCGAAUCUUCCAGAAGGCUGGGCCUGGUCCUCAAAACGGGGCACAGUAUGGAGCUCCCUUCGUCGAGGAGGAGUGGGAGGCGGAUGAGGAUGAUGAUUUUGGUCCUCUGCCAGUGCAGAGGGACGUUUUUGGUGAGCAUGAGGCUCCUGGUGCUAUGGAGAAAGGAUAUCUUCAGAUGAAUGAUCUCAUUCAGGACUUGGCUGGUCAAAAUGAGAAUGGCAGUGUUGUUUUGCCGGUUUCUGACACUUCAAACACCAGCAGCCAUUCUGAAGACGUAGAAGGAAAUUCAGGGGACAUUUUGAAUGACCCAAGUCUUUGUUCUAAUUUUCUUCAGUAUAUUCAUCCUGGAGAACAAAAUAGCCCAAUGCUUGUUGAAAAUAUGUUAUCUAAUGCCAAUGUUGGAGAUUUUCUUAAUAGUUCUAGCCCCAAUGAUGAAUUCCUAGAGCUGAAGGAUUUGGAGUUACCUCUAGGCAAUGAUUCCACUAUAUGGCCUUCUGAUGGUUGGGCCUGGAAAACAGCUUUCCCCUUGGAUGCUGUGAACGGGUCCAACAAUGAGGUUCCUCUGAUCACUGGUGAUCAGCCUUUCCAGCCAGAUGAGUUGGCCCAGUUGUUGCAGACACUACAAGAUGACUCCUCCCAGUUGGGCUCAACUAUGACCGAUCUCCCACACUCUUCUAUUACAAAUUCAGUCAAGCCAGAAGAUGAUUCUCUUGUGUAUUUUGAUGCACCCUUUGAUAACUCAAUGUUCAGUGAUGGAUUUAGACAGACGAAUGGAUUCCUUGGCUCCCCAGCAACCAUUCUAUCUGGUAUCGAGACACUGGAUGAUGGUAUUCCAUACUAUGAUGCAAUGGACGAUAACUUAUUUAAUGAUAUGAUGUGCUCUGUACAGCAGUCGGCUGGGAGCAGCUCCCAUGUCUUUAAUGGGCCAGUUCUUACUCAAGAGGUCAACAAUCCCAGCUAUACAUAUAGUCCAACUCAAAAGGUUGUAGAACCUAAUUUUGUAGUUGGGGCCGCGUCGUCCGCUAGGUUAUCUGAAGCUGGUGGCCAGUUAAAUUGUGUUGUUUUACCAGAUUCUCAGGCUAAGAAUGGGUCCAUGGGAAAGCGUUUUGUAAAGAUGCUGGAUUCAAUCUCGGCUCCCCCUGCUUUUGCAGCAGAGUUCCCAGGCAAAUCCUUGUCUGGUGUGCACCCUAACACCAUCAGCGUGUCUACCGAAGUAAUCAGCAUAGGAAGCUUAACUGUUGCUUCUCGACAAGGCAAGUGGUCGUUCCAGAAGGAUGAAGACAUGGAGCUUGUCUUCUCCACAGGUUUCCAGCCUGAUAACCGCAUACACUGUGGUGGCUGCAACACAGUGACUGCGGUGCUGCGCGGCGGCUUCUGUCUCUUUUUCCUGUCAGCAAUAAUGCUCCUGGUGAGCUACGAGGUGGGCCUGUGCAUCUACGGCAAGUAACCUGGCCUGCCCGCCCGGUAUUGGGUAUAAAAAUAUUAUUAUGACGUUAGGUAAUUGUAUGUGUGUUGAGGCGAGAACCGGGGACCUCCUGAUGGCCUAAAUGUAUGGCAUUGCAUGACAUGACCUCUUCGACAGCAUUAGCGGUGCCGUUUUGCAGCCCGCGAGUUAGUGCUGUAUCAAUGAAUUCCUCCAGUGAUAUUAGUAUUUUAGAACUGCUUAAUAAUCAAGUGCAUGGUGGUGUUGCAGUUA